AUGUUGAAUUUAUUCAAGAAGAAGAUUACCUAUCAUGCCACAUCUGGUUUGGUUGCAUCUUCUUCAUCGCCGACGAGUGCCCUAUUGUUUGGCAGUGGUGCUAAUACAACAGUAACGAAUAAUAUUCUUCUGCCAUCAAUAGUCAACAAUAACAACAGUGGGACAACAAGAGGCUUUAAACAAAAGUUUGGUAGAGUUUCAUCAUCCAACAAUACGGAAGAUAAACAACAACAACAUUCAUCUCAACAUGGAUUUUCUACUAAUAGUGGUGAAACAAGACAACCAACAUCUAAAAAACCAUUCAAGUCUAAUUUCCAACAAAAUUCCAACAAUCAUCACAACAAACCACACCACCAGAAAUCACAACAAAAUUAUAAGGAAAAACAUUCAAACAAUACCACUUCUACCACAUCUUUCCUAAAAGACCAUCACGAAGAACCAUCAAGAAACUUUAAAUUCAAUAAUAACCAACAACAUUUUGAUAAGAGUCAAAGAAAAGGAGGAUUUAAUAAGAGAGAUGAUAAAGCUCAAUUUCAACAUCACAAAAAGCAUAAUAUGGAAAGGAAACCAAAGAAACAACAGUCAGAAACUCCUUUACCCGAUGUUGUUUCUAAUGUUGAAGAGCCUAUCAAAGAGGAAAAGAAAAGUUUUGUUGCUCUCAAUUAUGACGAUAUUGAUAUGAACCUUAAAGGUGAAGAUGAAACACACCAAACAUCUGCAAGUGAUGUCUCUCCUUUCUAUGAAGGGAAUGAACAUUCAUCUGAAUUCACACCUUUCACAAAAGAAUUGGAAAUUAAUGUAGACAUUUUAUUGAAACGAGUUUUAGAAAAGGUCAAAACACAAAAUGCUGUAGAAAUUGAUAAGGAGAAAGAUGGUCUUUCUUCACUUCUCAGAGCUACUGAUUCUGCAAUCAAGGAAGAGGAUGACGAUAUUUUCCAACCACGUGAUUUUAGUCUUAUCGAGGAAACUGAUGAAGCAGAAGAAGAACAAGAUUUUGUUGGAAAGAAAUAUGAUACACUUCAUAAGAAACCACUAGAAUUGAAGAAGAAAGCCUCUCGUGAAAAGGAAGAAUUCAGUGAAAAACAAAGUGCUGAAGUACUGACAAAUGCCAAAUACAUUCCAUCUGUGGGUAUAAAAUAUAGAAGUAAGAAUAAUGAUGAAUCACUUCCAGCUCUUCACAAAUACCUAGUUGAUUUUGGAGAUUCAGAAUACUUGCAAUUGGCUGAAACUCAUCCAUCUGAAAAGAUGUAUGUCGGAGAUUCAGAUAUUAAUCAAGUACCAACUUUGAAAAAUGGGCUCAAUAGAGUUUUAACUUCACCUGGUGUACACAGAAUGUAUGAUGGUAAAACUAAAACUCAUUUCUUCCAUCCAUACAUGAGACAACUCCACAAACCAGAAGAAAUCAACUUUAAUAAUUUGACACCUUUCAUUCCACCAUCCCAAGAUACUACCCUCCACAAAUUAAUGGAUCAAAAUCCUUGCAGAUAUCAAUCAUCAACAAGUUCCAUAACCUCACCUCUGGUUUCCCUCUAUCUUGCACUCUCUAACUACAAACCAACAAGAGCAAGAAAUUUGGAAAAUUUCAAAUAUCUUACAAGCUCAUUCACUCCUGCUGUUCGUAAGCCAGUCGUUUUUAUUCUUCGUCCAAAGCUUUCCAAACUCGGACAUACUUUCUACUCAAUAGAUUCAUACAAAUUCCUUUUUGAGCCUCGAUCAAAUCAAAUUUUGAUGGACCUUGGUAAAGUAAUGGAAAAGCUUUUUGUUAUGGAACCAGAAGAUUUUGAAAAGAGAUUUGUUAAACAAUAUUGUGGAGAAGAACAAACAGUAGAAGAUGAAGAAGUAUACAGAUACCUUCGCCACGGAAGUUUCCUUUUGAGAUCACAGUUGGAUUGUUACCAUCCUCAAUAUGGUGUUUUUGAUAUUAAGACAAGAGCAACAAAUCCAAUCAGAAUCAACAUGGAAAAAUAUCAAAAAUUCACAAACAUCAAACUGAAGAUGAUUAAGGGUAACUAUAACUCAUACGAAAGAGAAUUUUAUGAUAUGGUUAGGUCUGUAUUCAUAAAGUAUAGUAUGCAGGGUAGAAUUGGUGGCAUGGACGGCAUGUUCUUGGCCUAUCACAAUACUGUCGAACUUUUUGGUUUUGAAUACAUCAAGUUGGGCGAAAUUGACAAACAUGUAUUCGGUAGUCCACAUAUGGCAGAAAGAUUCUUCAGUCUUUUACUCGAUUUAUUAGGUGAAGUUUUGGAUAGAAUUACUGAAAAAUUUGCUGGUCAAGCUCUCAAAGUAACUUUCCGUCCAGUUAAAGUAGAACCAUACUUUAUUGACAUUUUUGUUGAACCAGUACAUGGUGAUUUAGGAUGGAAUGAAAGAAAGCCAACAGAAGAAGAAAAGAUGAAAUGGGAGUCUGAUCGAUUCAAUGCUAAUCCAUUCGCUGACAUGAUAGAAGAUACUGUUUAUUGUUAUCGUUUAUCAUGCCAACCAAUGGUAAAUGGAGCUGUUUGCAGAAACUAUGUCGAAUUCAAGGAAGAAGACAAGGUUGACAUUUUGUACUGUUUGGAAGAAAUGGGUGAUACCACAACUGACAAAUUCUUAUUGAAUGAGUACAUUCUCACUUUAAAGAAGGCCUUCUUUGUUGAAUAAAUUUCUUCGAAUCACCAUUAAUGUAACUCUGCCUUUAC